CCAGGCCGCCUUAAUUCAGGAAGCGUCGCCAGCCUUCUCUAACCAGUGCCGCUUCCGCCUUUCUAGUUCAUCUUCGCCAUGAGUUGCAACGAGGUGUCAGUGCGGGGUUAUGCCGAGUUCGAGCAGACCUGCCUCGAGCAACAGCGGCGGGGGCGGACCGUUUUCGCCUACUUCAGCGGCGACAAGGAUCCCGCGAGUGGCGCCAGUUGGUGCCCGGAUUGCGUGAAAGCCGAGCCAAUUGUGCGAGCUGAGCUCCUUAACAUGCCAGAAGCAUCUGUAUUCAUUUACUGCCAAGUUGGAAACAGAACAUACUGGAAAGAUCCAAACAACGAAUUCAGAAAGAAGCUUAAACUCACUGGUGUGCCUACAUUGCUUAAAUACGGAACUCCUCAGAAGUUGGUGGAAGACGAAUGCUUUAAAUCCGACCUUGUGCGUAUGCUGUUCACAGAAGACUGAAUCUGUUUUGCAUUCAUCAAGAUGCUACCAUCCGUUAAGCUGCUCAAAGUAUCUCAUAAAGAAUCAUGCUCCCAUUUUUGCAGUAUCUGGAAUACAUUUGUAUUAAGUAACGCUCAAAUGCAGGUAGGGCAUAAUGGUGUACAAGUAUCUUGUGAUCUGGAAAUGGGUUAAUUUAAAUAAAUGCUUGGAUUCCUUUAAACA